AUGGCAUCACAGCUAUGGGCAGGAGCUGCAUCAGUGGACAUCACGCCACCUAUCAACCCAAACUGGCUACCACUGAAUGAGUACGAGCUGGAAAAGCUCCAUAUCCGCGCCAUUGUUUUUGAAAACAAUGGUGAGCGAGGUGCUUUGAUUGGCGUGGAGAUUGUCGGAUACGAACAGCCAGUUUAUGAGCAUGUCAUCGAGCUUGUGGCCGAAUACCUGAAUGUGACAGCAGGCAAUAUUUUGUUCACCUGCACACACACCCACGGUGCUGCACCAUGGGGCACUGCUCUAUUCUACACGGAGCACAACUACGGUAACCAGCGUGUGAACCAGUAUGCCACUCUAGCCGACGCGGCACUCAAGGCUGUCAAGGAGGCGUAUGCCAAAAUGGUUCCUGCCCAGGUUGGAUAUGCUACAGGCGAGGCAUAUCUGAACGUGAACCGUGAUAAUCUGAACCCGCUUACAGGCCGCUGGACGCAAUUUUCGAACUUCACUGGCCCUGUCGAUCGUGAGAUCCAAGUUCUUACCUUCAAUAAUAUGAAUAAUACACCUAUUGCCGUGUACACCACCUAUCCAAUGCACCCGGUCAACUCCUAUCAGGCUGGAUAUGUGAGUGCCGACUGGCCGGGAGCGAUGUCGCGUUGGAUUGAGCAGUCCUUUAACGAGAAGGUUGUCGCCAUCUAUUCCCAGUCAGCAUCAGGUGAUGUCAACCCGCGUUGUCGACGCACUGGCACCAAUGCCCUUGCUUCAAUUUCACAGGUGCAUGUUUCUGGUCUUGAAUUAGCCCAGGAGCCUCUGGAAGAACCACUUCGCGAUCAAUACCUCCCGCUAGUUCGCGCAGAUGUGACUUAUAUUCGCCAGCUUUUUACUGAACUCACCUCUGUUGGUGUUGUUCUAGGCGAGGAAGUCAUCCGUAUCAUGUCCCGAACAAGCAACUUCGAUUCGAACCCAUCCAUCUGGAGUCAACAAGCGAAUGUGACUUGUCCCGGCCGUGCCCGUAUGGAUAAGGCUCGCGAAGGCGUCCCAGGAUAUUAUUAUAACAGCACCGAUGUCCAAAUAAUGACCGGAGCUUUUGGUAUUGGUAAUACUGUUCUGGCUCAUGUCGGUGCCGAGAUUUUCACUCGAAUUGGGUGGCACAUCCGGGAUUCUUCAACUAUGAACAACACCAUGAUUGUUACCAUGUGCAACGGCAAGUCUGCCUCAGGCUAUAUUGCUGAUGUGGAAUCAGUGUCUCAACAGGUUUUCGAGACAUUGGGAUCAACACUUUACCCGGGUUCUUGCGCUGAAGAUAAGAUUGUUAGUAGUAUCGCUGAGCACAUCAAGGCUUACAAAGAGACUUUGUAA